CAGUCCUUCACAAAAAGAUAAAUGCAGCAUACCUUUAUAAAAAGUUUAAGGCGCAUCAAUAAAUAAGCAUUAAUCAAGCUCACCUUUCUUUAAUGAGUAUGUCAUUUUACUUCACCUAACGUAAAACCACCGCUUGAUCGAGUUUGAUAUAAUAUAGGCUAGCUUGAAAAGUUGUUGAAAUGGCUGAUCAGUUAUCAAGUUCAGUGGCACUUGGUCUGAAGCUUUCGAGACGUGUGUAUUAUGGGAAGGAGACGGUCUUGUCAUCUGCGCCAAAGGCUUCAAUGUCGAUGGAUAGGUCAGUGGAGGCAUGCUUGCCCAAGGCUCCAAUGGUUUACGCGGAGAUAUUGAAGCCUGCAAUGGUGGAUAAUCCUGAUAUUCCCAGUUAUCAGCCUCAUGUGUAUGGAGUUUGUGAGCCACCAGCUUUAAUUCCGUUACACAUGCAUGGAAUUGACAUGGAAGUGGAUUGUUACUUGGACACUGCAUUUGUAACACUUAGUGGAACAUGGCGUCUUCAUUGUGUUAUUGCUAAUAAAACUUGUGAUUGUCGCGUUGCUAUACCAAUGGGUGAAGAGGGUUCAGUUCUUGGUGUUGAGGUCAGUACUAGUAGAAGAUCAUUUUAUACCCAGUUGAUUACUACCAGAGAAAUGUACGAUACUGAGAACAUGGACAUUGCAAAGGAUAGUUGCUUACUGAAACAUCAGAUAUAUACACUAAAAGUUCCAGAGGUUGACGGCGGGUCUAGUCUCCAUGUUAAAGUAAGAUGGUCCCAGAAAUUGGUAUAUGAAGAUGGUCAGUUCUGCCUCUGCAUUCCUUUUAGUUUUCCGACUUAUGUUACACCUGUAGAGAGUAACACCACAAAAAGCGAAAAAAUACUGGUGAAUUUAAAGGCUGGUAUACCAGCACCGGUUCAAUGCAGAAGUACUAGUCAUUCUCUCAAGGAACUUCAGCACGGGGAUCAGGAGUUAGUAUUCUCAUAUGAUGCAGAAGUUAUGUCCUUCUCGAAUUGUGACUUCUUAUUUUCUUAUUCUGUUUGUUCGGAUGAUAUAUCUGGCAGCCUCCUUUUGCAAGCACCAUCUCCUCAUGAUUUUGACCAAAGAGAGAUGUUCUGCUUCACCCUAUUCCCGGGCAGUGACGGUCUUAAGCAGGUUUUCAGAAAGGUAAUGAUCAUUGUAGUAGAUACAAGUGCAAGCAUGCAUGGAGGUCCCAUCGAGUCAGUAAAAACUGCAGUACUAGAAGCCAUUUCGGAUCUUGAACCAAUGGAUACUUUUAACAUUAUUGCCUUUAAUGAGAGUAGUGUGUUAUUCUCACCAUCCAUGGAACAAGCAACGCAUGAAAUAAUCGAAAAAGCUGCUGAAUGGAUCAGCACAAAUUUGAUUCCAAAUGGCGGCACAAACAUUAUGAUACCCCUAAAUCAGGCAGUAGAGAUGGCUACAAAAACUGGUGAUACAGUCCCAUCAAUUAUCCUCAUCACAGACGGGGCUGUUGUAAAUGAAAGAGACAUUUGUAACGACGUGAAGAAACGCCUUUUAGAUGAGGGUCUGACUUGUCCUCAUAUGAGCACAUUUGGCAUAGGUUCAUACUGUAACCAUUACUUCCUGAACAUGCUUUCACAAAUUGGGAGAGGCUAUCAUGAUGCAGCAUACGAUAUCGAUUCUAUCAUCUUCAAAUUGAAAAGGCUUAUUCACAAAGCUUCGUCCCUCAUUCUUACAAAUAUUAAAAUUGAUGCUCUGGAAAAGAUCGAUAAGUUAGAGCUGUGUCCAUUUCGGAUUCCAGACCUUUCGACUAGUUCUCCCGUGAUUGUAUCAGGCAGAUAUUCUGGGUACUUCCCUGAAUCAGUUCAAGUUAGUGGCAUCUUGGCAGAUUCGAGUACCUUCGUGAUAGAUGUGAAAGCACACAAAGCAAUUGACAUUCCUCUGGACAGGGUGCUAGCAAGAAGGCAAAUUAAUACACUCACAUGUCUUGCUUGGUUAUCAGAAAGCACAGAAUUAGAAGAGAAGGUCACGAAGAUUAGUAUUCAAACAGGGAUGCCAUCAGAGUAUGCCAGCAUGAUUUUAGUUCAGACCGAUCAAGAAAAGCAAUCCUCUAGCCCAGUUCUUGUCAAAGAGAUUAUGGGAUUAAAUGGCAGGAAAGUAAUCUGUCUCCAAACCACGGGUUUUGGUUUUGGCAAUUUAACUGCCACAUACAAGAGCCUUCCUCCUGGAAGCGAAGAAAUAAAGUUACACGAGUCGAAACUGAUGAAGGUGGCAUCAAAUAUUCAGGAGAGGCUAGUGGAUCGCUGCUGCUGCAAGUGCUUCAUUCAGGCUUGUUCACAAGUAAACGAGCGAUGCACCAUUAUAUUUACGCAACUAUGCACUGCCCUCGCCUGUUUUCAGUGCCUCAGCUGCUGUUGUGAGAUAUGUGAUACCUGUGAACAAUACUGCGGAUGAUUCUGAAGAAACUUAUACCGAUAUGCUAAGCUCGUCAUUGUUUGUGCACAUUCUGAUCUUGGAAGCAACAUAUAUGUUUAUAUCUUUAAGGGCAUGAAGAAACUUCAGGGAUAAUUCUAUAUAAAGACAAGCUUAUAUUGUACUAUACAGACUGAAUUUCUAAAGACAAGAUAUCUAGUAGUUUCAUCGAAACAAUUGUAAUCUGGUUGCUGUCACAUGCAUCUUUACUCAUCUUUACAAACUUAACAGUGACUCUGCCUAUCAGCUUAUGAAUAUCGAAACAAUGAUCAUCAAACUCAAUCCAAUUGAUGACAGAAUAUAGCAUAUUUUAUUGUUUGACUCAA